AUCUGCAGAUAACACCCUACCCCUGAGAAAGAUCUCUGACAUCGAGUGGAAACGAAAAUGGCACAGCAGCCUAGCCAAGAUCCUUUGGUGCAGCUAGCCCUAAAUGUUGGGCUUACAGCUAUAGCCCAUCCCAUGGGCUACGUGAAAACACUGAUUCAGAUUGGAUAUGAGCCUCUCCCUCCUCAACCUGGCCGAAAUGUGUUCUUCCGCAAGACCCUACUUCUACCUGGAGUUUUCGCAUACUCUCGUCAUAUCUACAAAGUGGAUGGUUUCCUGGGCCUGUAUCGAGGCUUUGUGCCUCGUCUCUGUGGUACUGUGUCCGGAUCGGUCAUCGCAACAAAAGUUGCGCAGAAACUUGACGAGUUUUUCCCGGUCACUGACGAGGAAGACAAAGAAGCCAUCAAGACAAAACCCAAGGGAACUGCCAUUGUAUCCAACCGAACGUUUGUCCUAGAGACCUGUAAGAUGACAGUCUCCCACGGCUGUGCCAUGAUUGUCACCCAUCCGUUUCAUGUCAUUGCCAUUCGGUCCAUGGUGCAGUUUAUUGGACGGGAGUCCAAGUACAGUGGCUGGCUAGAACCAUAUACAGAGUUAUAUUCCGAUAGUGGAAUCCAAGGCUUUUUUGUAGGUCUUGUUCCCAGACUCCUUCAAGAUGUACUGGCACUGUGGAUAGCCAGGUCUCUCUAUCACAUUUUCAACACCCUCCUUCUACAUGACAAGAUGACGAAUGUCACUGAACUGAGGAGCUAUGCACACGCCAUCACAGGGUUCUUGGCAGGAAUCUUGACUUACCCGCUGGGUCUUAUCAGCAACAUGAUGGCCGUCAAUGACUCUGGACUGGUCGCAGGUAGUCCACCAUUCAUGCCCAAGUAUUCUGACUGGAGAGACUGCUGGCGAGAUCUCAAGAGCAAGGGCCUCCUGAAGCGUGGCUCUAGCAUCCUUUUCCGUCGUUACGAGCCAGGAAAGAUGGUCGUUGAACCAAUAGCAGCUACCCCCCUGGACUGAGUGGAACUCCACGCCCCCACCCCAUCAACUCUGUCUAGAGACACAAUAAUGUGAAGGACGUUGAUUUAUAUUAUUUUUGUCAUUAUUUUUUUCCACCAGUGUUUGUGUGUCAGGCAUAUUCCUUUUAUUUUCCUUGACGUAUUUUUAACAGAUACAAACAAUGAUGAAUAUUUCACUGACCAGCUGUGUAUAUUUUUGACCUGAAGAGGGCUUUUUCCAGCUACAUUUAGAGGGUAAGACCAAACUAGACGAAAUGCAUUAAUCUACUCGGUUGAAGGUGUGGUGCAUCAGUUGGUUGCAAUUUUUGAGUUGCAGCAUGAUUACUGAGUAGGGUAAUUUGCCCUAAUGGAAGUACAUUCAAUUAAGGCUACCUCCCAACAUGACAAAGCAAGCCGAGAUAACACAUGCACCCAUGGGAACCACUAGUCAGUGGAUGCGGCUACAUUCCGUGAGUACGUGUACUCCUGUAAGCCUCAGCCAAGUCACUUGAAUGCAGCCUAUUUAAUAAAUUUCACAACUGGGCCAUGAUUUCAUAGACUGCUGAGCCGAAAAAAAUUGCUGAUCAAAUGUUCAUGCUAAACAAAAAAAUCAGCGUGGGACUGGGUCACAGGCAGUAUGCUUUACACUACGUUUUAGCUUGUAGCGUGUUAUUGCUUAGCUAGUUUUCUUUGCUAAGCAACUCUGUGUUUUCAGCAGCCUGUGCUCUUUGAUCUCUUCAAGUCAUUUUAAAAGAUAAAAUUACACCCCAAGCUGUGUGAAAAGAGAUAGUUGUACAUAAUUCUUACCAUGCAUCUGGAGGAUUCUACGCAUUUUCAUAUUCAAGCCUGACGAUUCUUGAGAUGAUGACGCUUUGAACAUUUGCCAAGUUUUUUUGUAAUCAAACCCUUGAAACGGGUUGACUUGAACAGAGAUCACUUUCAAUCGUCAUGCUGCAGAUGAAUUCUAGGCUGAAGCUACUCAGCUGAGCACUUGAGCCAAUUCUCAAAUUCACGCUGACACCUUGGCCACUUUACAUGCUCUGUCAUUGUAGAACUGCAACAUGCAAUUAGUUUGCAGAUGUGUGCGUCGACAGGCUGCUGCGCUGGUUUUUGCAUUUGUACUUUUAACAACAUGCGUUAGAUGCGUCCGUGCAAGAAAGAGAGGCAAAUAAUUGAAGAGAUCUUGAGCAAAAUGUCGGAGUACCUCUGGCAGUAUCAGACACCAGCUUUACAUGAAAGUUUGAUUGACAGGGGCCAACCUUUAUACCCAGCUAGGAACAAACAGUGCACGAGAGAACAAAUAGAUUUAUUCUGCCCACAGAGUCUAUCAAUCACGUCAUUUAUAGAAGCCCCAUGUUCGUUAGUCAUCUACGCAUUUUCAUCUUUGCAAGGAAUCACUGUAUUGAAUAUUCUGGCGAAACACCUAUCUAGGUUUCUAAGCCUCUCAAAGUAACCGGGAAAUUUUGUUUAGAAAUCUCUGUUUCAUUUUUGAUAACGUAAGAUUAAUGUGGAUUGGUCAAAUUUUAAGGAAAGGUUGAUGUGCAUACAAGAUAUUUUUAGGUAAUGACGAAUGCUGUAAAUGUGAAGAUCAAAUUCAAGAUUUGAGGGAGGAUUAUUGUCUCGCCCCCUUUCUUUUUCUGAGGAAGGCCUUAGUCCGAUAAAUUCAGAAUAUGGGUUGAUACACUUUUUAAAAGAUGGAGCAACCAUGUUCACCACAUUGGUCUAAUUGGGUAUUCCAGCUUCUGGUCAAAGAGUGGGUGACUUUUGGGUAAAUUGUAAGACAAAACUUGCAAUAAAAAUGACCGCUGUCCGGAAAAUCCAGCUUGACCCAUCUUCAGUGCCCAACUCGUUUUUCGAGUGUAAUUCAAGACUCGUAACCCUCGCAGAGGAUUGACAAACCUGGACAAAAAUCAUUCCUCGAAAAAAUCUUCAUCAUUUCACAUCAUCCCCGGCACAUCGUCUAACCCAACACAGCCGUGAAAAAGUCUGCUCAUCGUCUCAAUUGUAUCUUGGCAUGUAACAUCAAACCAGAGAACCACUUUUCAUUCGAUCGAAACUUUUUUCAACGAUAUCUUUAGAGGUAGAACGCUGAACGUUUCCCAUUUCCCAUCUGGAACAGAUAACAAACAACUUUGUUAAGUGACAUUCUUUGAAAUUCAACUGUUUUGUUUUUGCUGCGGUGCCUAAUCGAAACUAAAGUAAGACAAAGCGUGACUUUGGAUAAGACACUGCCCUUGGUUAACAUUGAAUCGGUGUUCAAAAUUCGAUUCCAAGGUCAAUUUUUAUUACUCCGUUGGAGAACUUGGAUUCAGGAAUACUUCAUGAGGUUGUGGUGGGCUAGCGCUGUGUCUUCCUUCUCUGCUUUUUUUUCUGAAGCUUUCAUUUUUGUUUGCCAUCCAUCCUGCCUCAAGACUCCUUUUUUAUAGGUCCCGUACACGAGGCGUGUCGCUUUUAGCUUCUUGGCGGGAAAACUGAACAUGUCCUGACAACCCCCCCCCCGGUUUUACCUAAAUGUCACGGCAAUGGCAGUGCAGGCUGCCUGUGUAAUGGAUACCCUGUGGGACUGAAGGGGGUAAUCGUUGGGAGAUAAUGUCACAUAAAGAAAGUGGACAGAUCCAUCAUCACAGCAAGGGAAAGAGCAGAGACAAAGAGCAGGUUGGGAUGUAGGGGAAACAUUAAUCAUCGGCUUUGGUUUAUUUGAUUCAGUGAAACCCGCAGAACGUCCUCUGGUUGACUAAAUUAAAUGGGACGUAAAUGUGCCGUUGGUUUUAAUUCCAAGUCACCGGUGGUUUGGGGGAUGGUUUUUAAUCACAGGAACGGUUUAUUUUACAUACUGAAAUUACUGUUUUCUCUCUCUUCGAUGGCAACAAUCAAGGCACAACGAUUUAUUUUCCACCUUGUUAGUUACACAUAGGCCUACCAUUGUCUUUACUUAAAUAUGGUGAAGGGCGGGUCCCCCAAAGGGGGGGGGGGUAACAAUUUGGAUAUUUCUUUAUGUAACAGUUUAAUAUGGCCUCUCUGAUUGUGAGGCUAAGUUCGGGGGCUUUUCACACGCUUUGAGAAGUGGAAAUGACACUGUCCCUAAAAUUGCUGUUUACUCACGUUUUGCUCUUAGGGGGGUGGCUCCCGUUCCCCCCCCCCCGGACCCGCCAAUGAUUCCGGUAUGAGUCUGACGAACAGUUUGGCAUGUACACUGGUACCCAGUUUCAUCAGAAUUAAGAAUCAAAGCAUUAGAUAUGGUACGCGUGCUGGAUACGUAUGCGGCUCAAAAACACUGGGUGGGCAAAUCGCGACUUCGUGUGGUUAUUUUAUCCCACACAAUUUACGCACUGCGUGUGUGACAUCAAUGUGCUCACGUACAUUGUAUACACUCAUAGGUUUUUGAAAUAACCUCUAAUCGGUGAUACAACCGGCCAGUUUUUCCAAGCUGCAUAUGUACUCGGCAUCUGCACACUUUCAAAUGGUACAUGCAGCUAGAUACGUCUUAACAUCUCCUGGAAUAUUGCUUUUGCUAGUUUCAAAUAAAGUUUCAUUCUUUAAUUUAAAUGUUUUAUAAAGAGAGUGUGAAUAAAUACAUGGUAGUUAUAAAACCAUCACAACUUAAA